CCAGGAAGUGGAAUGGUCGAGAGGUUUCUGGUUUUGUUUUGACAAUGAUGGAGGAGGAAGAAUUUGAAUUUGCAGAGGAUUUAGAGGCGAUUUUGCAUCUCACUCCUGAGGUGCAACUUGCCAUUGAGCAGGUUUUCCCUAGCCAGGAUCCAUUGGACAGAGCAGACUUCAAUGCUGUGGAGUACAUCAACACACUGUUCCCCACCGAGCAGUCUCUGGCUAAUAUCGAUGAUGUGGUAAACAAGAUUCGCCUUAAGAUUCGCCGCCUGGAUGACAACAUCAGGACUGUAGUGAGAGGACAGACUAAUGUGGGCCAGGAUGGCAGACAGGCGCUGGAGGAGGCCCAGAUAGCCAUUCAGCAGCUCUUUGGCAAAAUCAAAGACAUCAAGGAUAAAGCAGAAAAAUCUGAACAAAUGGUCAAGGAGAUCACAAGGGACAUAAAGCAAUUAGACCACGCCAAGCGCCACCUCACUACAUCCAUCACCACUCUCAAUCACCUGCAUAUGUUGGCAGGGGGUGUGGAUUCUUUAGAGGCCAUGACCAGAAAGAGGCAGUACGGGGAAGUGGCUAACCUGCUACAGGGUGUAGUGAACGUGCUUGAACAUUUUCACAAGUACAUGGGCAUACCCCAGAUCAGACAGCUGUCUGAAAGAGUAAAAGCAGCACAAAGUGAGCUGGGAACUCAGAUCUUGGCAGAUUUUGAAGAAGCCUUUCCCUCUCAAGGCUCCAAGAGACCUGGUGGUCCCAGUAAUGUACUAAGAGAUGCCUGUCUGGUGGCAAACGUGUUGGACCCACGCAUCAAACAGGAGAUCAUCAAAAAGUUCAUCAGACAGCACCUCUCAGAGUAUCUGGUACUUUUCCAGGAAAACCAAGAUGUUGCUUGGUUGGACAAGAUCGAUCGCCGGUACGCCUGGAUCAAGCGGCAGCUGGUAGACUAUGAGGAGAAAUAUGGACGCAUGUUUCCUGAGGAGUGGUGCAUGACAGAGCGUAUUGCUGUGGAAUUUUGUCACAUCACAAGGACGGAGCUGGCCAAAGUUAUGAGAACUCGUGCAAAGGAGAUUGAGGUGAAGCUGCUUCUGUUCGCUAUUCAGAGGACGACAAACUUCGAGGGUCUGUUGGCCAAACGCUUCACAGGAUGCACCUUGACUGAUGCACCUGGACAGAAAAGACCAGAGAGCCCUUUAGACCCCACGAACCCCUUUCUGGAGGAUGAACCGGGUGAGGAUGUGGUCACAGAGAAGGAUGAAGAUCUGGCCAAGCCCAGGAAGCCCAAAGCUCCAGACAACCCUUUCCAUGGCAUUGUAUCCAAGUGCUUUGAACCUCAUCUCUAUGUCUACAUAGAAUCUCAAGACAAGAACCUGGGAGAGCUGAUUGACCGGUUUGUAGCUGACUUUCGAACGCAAGGCCCACCCAAGGCGGGUACAGAAGAGGGCGGAGCAGUCCUGCCCAGCUGCGCUGACCUCUUCGUCUAUUACAAGAAGUGUAUGGUGCAGUGCUCCCAGCUGAGCACUGGAGAGCCUAUGAUCGCCCUCACAACCAUCUUCCAGAAAUUCCUGAGGGAGUACGCCUGGAAGAUCCUCUCUGGCAACCUGCCUAAGUCUAGUAGUAACAGUGGGGGUCUUACCAUCAGCAGUCUGCUGAAGGAAAAGGAAGGCUCAGAAGCAGCAAAGUUCACCGUCGACGAGCUCUGCCUGAUCUGCAGCAUCCUCAGUACUGCUGAGUACUGCCUGGCUACCACACAACAGCUGGAGGAGAAGCUCAAGGAGAAAGUAGAUAAAGUCCUUGUGGAGAGAAUUAAUUUGACUGGGGAGAUGGAUACAUUCAGCACUGUAAUCUCAAACAGUAUCCAACUGCUUGUUCAAGAUCUCGAUGCUGCCUGUGAUCCCGCUCUCACUGCUAUGAGCAAGAUGCCGUGGCAGAGCGUAGAGCACGUGGGAGACCAGAGUCCUUAUGUUACGUCCAUCAUCAUGCACAUCAAGCAGAAUGUGCCGAUCAUCAGAGACAAUCUGGCCUCAACACGCAAAUACUUCACACAAUUCUGCAUCAAGUUCACAAACUCCUUUAUCCCCAAAUUUAUCAACCACCUGUUUAGAUGUAAACCUAUCAGCAUGGUGGGAGCUGAACAACUCCUCUUGGACACUCACUCUCUGAAGACAGUCUUGCUGGAUCUGCCUUCAAUAGGUUCGCAGGUGCUUCGCAAAGCACCGGCCAGCUACACUAAGAUAGUGGUGAAAGGCAUGACCAGAGCCGAGAUGAUUCUCAAGGUGGUGAUGGCCCCACAUGAACCACCGGUGGUGUUUGUUGAUAACUACAUCAAGCUCCUGGCUGAUGGUAACCCUGAGACCUUCCAGAAGAUUCUGGACAUGAAGGGUUUGAAGCGUAGUGAACAGAGCAGCAUGCUGGAGCUCUUCAGACAGAGGCUACCCACUCCCCCUUCAGGGGCUGAUGGCGGACCCUCUCUGUCCUUCAGCGCUCCCACUCCUGAGCAAGAGUCCUCCCGCAUCCGCAAACUGGAGAAACUUAUCAAGAAGAGACUGUAAACAGACACAGUGGCUACUCAUACUUCAAACAGUCUGCAAGGCCAGGUUGUCUUUACCUGUCCUGCAGUUAUUCAUCUCAAACACUCUGUUAUUCUCCAUUUGGUUGUCAUGGAGAAUUAAUGAAAGAGCAAAAAGUCGACUGAGUUUUCUGACUGACGGUUGAAUGAAUGAACCCAGGCUGCGCUCGAUUAUAUGAAGAAACUUCCUCAACUGCUACUUCCUGUUGGUACAUACUGUAUGUCAUUUACUUCUGAGAUUCCCUGACUUUAUUUUCAUGACACUAAUGUCAGAACUUUUUAACACUGAUGCAUUGUUGUGCAGCAUACUUCCACUUGUAAGAACAAAUGUUGUGCUGUUAACGUAGAUCUACUCCACUGGCUGCCUCCCUGGGACAUGUCUAAUCCAGGAUGAUUACAGGAAGCCUGAUUUUAAUUAAAGUUUCCUGAAUACCGUGUAUUUCAAGGGUAGCAAUGGCUUUCGUCAGUCAUCUUCAUUUGUAGUUGGGGGAAUUGGGUUGAAAUGUGUGUGAAUCUCUGCCAUUAAUUAAAAGUGGACAUGCGUCA